AUGGCCAAGACUGUGUACCUGCCAGACCUGGAGGCCGGUUGGCUAUGGCCUCGUCGUCUCAACAUCCACACAGCCGACAUCAGGCAGGAGAGUCUCGACUGGGCUGCCAGCUUCGGAGCUUUCACACCACAAGCACAGAAGGCCUUCGAUAAAUGUAACUUCAAUCUGCUGACGGGUCUGAUGUACCCGCGUUUGACGAGAGAGCAGCUGAGGUGCGCGUGCGAUGUCAUGAAUCUCUUCUUCAUCUUUGACGAGCACUCCGACAAGUCCGAGCCCGUCGAUGUUUGGAACCAAGUCCAUGUCCUAAUGGAUGCCCUCCAUAACCCGGACAGUCCCCGACCAGCUGGAGAGUGGGUAGGCGGCGAGGUUGCGAGACAAUUUUGGAUCCAAACCAUGAAGAUCUCAACCAAGUCGUUUCAGCGACGCUUUCUUGUGGGCUGGGAAGAUUACCUCAAGGGUACUGCACAACAGGCCGAAGACAGGUCGCGGUCAUAUAUCCGCAAUGUUGAUAGCUAUCUCGAGGUUCGGCGACAGACCAUUGGGGUAUUGCCGUCUCUGCUCUUUUUCCAGAUGGAUAUGGACUUGCCAGAUGAGGUAUUGGCACACCCUACCAUCGUGGCACUGGAGAUGCUCGCGGUUGAUCUCACCAUCAUUGCCAACGAUCUAUUGUCAUACGACAAAGAACAAGCCUCCGGCGAUGACGAGCACAACCUCGUUACGAUUGCUAUGAAGGAGUUCAAGACCGACGUGCAGGGUGCAAUUGACUGGGCGGCCAAGAUCCACGCUGAGUUGGUUCGACAGUUCAACCAACUCGUUCUCACGGCACCACGAUGGGGUGGCCCCGUCGACUUGGAUGUCCAGACAUACGUGGACGGUAUCGCCCAAUGGGUUGUGGCCAACGUCCAGUGGAGUUUCGAGAGCGAGAGGUACUUUGGAAAGCGCGGUCAGCAAAUCAAGAAGACCCGGGUUCUGCAGCUUCUUCCCAAGAAAGUAAAGGCCCAUGCCGAAGUCGGUCCCGUGGUGGUCGACGAUCUCUUAUCGUAA